GGGGCUGGGGCAGCGGCGCCGGGAACCGCCGGGACCCAGGUCUUGCACUUCGGAUUUGUCAGCCUCGCAGGCUCCUGGACACAUCUCUUCUCAGCCAUGGGGAGAUCAGUAGGAUUUAACAUCUGUUUGGUCACCUGCAGCAUCCUGCUCUUGUCCUCCAGCCUGCCAUGCCUUGCAUCUCAGCCCCUGGACGAGGGGGACAUGACAAAGGUCCAGCAAGGCCCCUGGGCAGGAAAUGGGCUGGAAGAUGAAAGGACAGGCGUGGUGGACUUGAAAAACACCUUGGGCCCUUCUGAGCAGACGGUUUCUGAAGAGCCAUGUGGAGUGUCAGCAGGGCCGUCUGGGACACCCCUGAAUGAAGCUCUCACUGCAGAAGAAGUGCUCCCUGUGAGCCCCAGCCAUGUCAGCCCCAGCACCCAGGCCCUGGGUGACCAGCCCUCUGCUGGGGCAGUGGCUGCUGUGAGUGAGGAGGAUCUUGGUCCCACCAUGUCAGAGCUGGAAGAGGAUGAUGCCCUCAAGGCCAUGCUGACCACGGCUGUGACCACGCUGAGCCCCCCUGUCCAGGAGGAGUCUGCUGGUGGCCCCAUCGGCGAGGUCACCACAGAGGGUGGUGUGGCAGUAGAGCAAAGCUCUGCCAGCCCCUCAGCAAACCCCCACCUUCCUGGGACCACUGUGGAGGAGCAGGAGGAGGCAGAGAGCAGCUCACACCCCUCAGCUGAGCCCCAGCCCACGCUGAGCCCCAGCUCUCCCAGCUGGGAAACAGCAAGUGAGCGCCCUGUUAUCCCAACUCCCCAGGCUCCCGGUGUGACCCCUGAGGUGGGAAUGCUGAGAGGUCGCACGGGGAGCCCUCUGAAAUCCCUGGCUCCACCCGUGUCUGUGGCUGCCAAACGUCCCCCCAUGGUGACCGAGGCCCCCCUUCCCCCAGAAACAGGGACAGGGGUCACACAGGAAGAGCUGCCCCCCACGGCUGGCACUGUCACCAUCCACCCUGCAGACACUCUGCCACCUGACUGGGAUGACACAAAGCUGGGGGACGUCAGUCAAGGGGGAAGCACGUCUCAUGAGGAGGUGACAGAGGACCUGGGGACGACAAAACCAUCCCAGACCCCACAGGGAGGUGUGGGGGAGGAAGAAGAUGCAACAAGAGAACUGCCAUCCCCGGUGUUCCCUCCACCAGAGCCUGAGCUUGCCAAGGAGACCAACUGCACAGUGCCAGUGCAGGAGGAGGAGCUGCCAGCAACUUCCACAGGCACCAGUGGUGCUUCCCACCCUGGGAAUGUGACGGAUGGAGACACGGCUGGUCUGGACUCACUGGAGAGCACAAGUGCAGUCCCAGCAGAGGAGGAGAAAAGCAGCCUGGCAUCACUGUCAGGGGCUGCUGUGGGGACAGAGACACAGCCUGAGCUCUCCCCUACUCUGGAAAGUUCAUGGGAAGGUGUUGCUCAGGAGGUGACAACAGCUGCCCAGGAGGCCGAUGCUGGCCUGUCAGUUGUGACAGUGGUGCCUGGUGCUGCCCAGGGGACGGGGGCUGCAAGCUUUCCUCAGGAGAACAGUGGGGAGGACACCCAGAUGCUGACAGCUCCCAGUGCCACCGAGAUGCUGCUGGCAACUGGCGCUUCCUCCACGGUGAACACUCUGGAUGUUGAAGAUCUCACGGAUGGGAUCCUGCUCACCAGAGAGAAGGCUGCCCCAGCUGCUGGUGGGAUGCCUUCUACCCCAUCGGGACAGACAGAGGAACCAUCCAGCAGGACUGUGGUCCUGGUCACUCCAGCAUCCAUGGCCUCCUCUGCCCGGAGAACAGCCCUUCCCUCUGCCAGGAGGAUCAGCACGGCCGGGACCUACGGGCUGGACCGCCUGGAGUCGGAAGAGGGUGAAGAAGAGGAAGAGGAUGAAGAGGAGGAGGAGGAAGAAGAAGAGGAGGAAGAGGAAGAUGAGGAGGACAAAGACCUGGAUCUGAUGGAUGAAAGCAUGGAGGGCGACACGGAGCUGCCGGGUUUCACACUCCCAGGGGAGACCUCCCAGGAUCCCAUAGCUGGCCUGGAAAACCCUGUGGCCCAGCUGGCUGGGGUGUCCUACCAGGUUCCUGACACCAUCGAGUGGGAGCAGCAGAACCAGGGUCUGGUGAGAAGCUGGAUGGAGAAGCUGAAAGAUAAGGCAGGGUACAUGUCAGGGAUGCUAGUUCCCGUGGGAGUGGGAAUAGCCGGAGCCCUGUUCAUCCUGGGAGCGCUCUACAGCAUCAAGAUCAUGAACCGCCGGAGGAGAAACGGCUCCAAGAGGCAUAAAAGAAAGCAGAGGGAGUUUAACAGCAUGCAGGACCGAGUCAUGCUCUUGGCUGACAGCUCCGAAGACGAAUUUUGAACAGGACUGCAGUGCCCUUGUGACUUUUCCAAGGAAGGGAGGGAGAGGGAGAAGAAGAAGAAGUGACUCUGUGCUGCAUCCCUGCUCUCUCCAGCACCCCAGGGCCCCAGCAGGGCUCAGUGCCCUGGCCAAGGCAUGCUACGCUCUUCGUGUCCCGCCAGUGAUGUUUGUUUGGUACAGUAGUGGAGAUUUCACAUUUCAGGUCCCACAGCGCGUCUCGUUACAAGCUGGAGCUGAUCCAUAUGGAUGAUUAUUUUCCUCUCACCCCUGGUGUACUGUUUUGGUCCUGGCUGGCAGUAAUCUAAUCAUAACAAUAGCUCUCACCUAACCCGGGAAUGGAAAUCUUUACUGUGAAUGGCUGCUGUCCAAUUAAUUUUAAAUGUUACAUUACCUGAGCUAGAGUUCAUUAGUGCUAAGAUUAGCUGCUCUGCUUAAUUAAUGAGUUGUACACCUGAGCUGUGUCCCUGGCCACCCGAGAAGUGCCCAUGUACAGUGUUCUUGAUUCGGUUUGAAGCACAUUUCUGCACUUGGGUGCCCGACUCUCACCCCUGCUCUCUCCCCUCAGCUCUGCUCCACACUGCUUGGAGACACACGGGAAUGGCCUCAGCACUUGAUUUCCCCACAUUCCUGUCCAUUUUCAACCAGCACUGUCUGUUACAGCACAAUAAAUACCAGCGCUCGCCUGCUGACGGGUGGCCUUGCAUGGAUCUCUCAGCUUUUGGUCGGUGCAGGUCAGGGAAGAGGCAGGUCAGAGGCAUCCUCGGCUCCUGCCCCCUCUUUGAGGGGCACUAGUUAGUGGUUCAUCUCUUUCCAAGGCUGCGUUCCCAUAGAGGUGAAAGUGGAGCAUCUGCCCCGUUUACCCGCUGGAAAUGGCAUUUUCAGCCCCUGAAAGUAGCACCAACAGCAGCACCUUUGGGGGGAUUUGGGUGGGUCUCGUCUAACAGAAUCACAGAGUGGUUUGGGUUGCAAGGGACCUUCAAGACCAUCUAAUUCCAACCCCC